AUGGACAUUAGGUCUGGUUCUGACUUUAGUCCAAACACCAGAACUCUGCAGGGACCAGGAAGCAGCAGGGACCAGGACACGGCAGGGACCAGGAAGCAGCAGGGACCAGGACACGGCAGGGACCAGGAAGCAGCAGGGACCAGGACACGGCAGGGACCAGGAAGCAGCAGGGACCAGGACACGGCAGGGACAAGGACGCAGCAGGGACCAGGACACGGCAGGGACCAGGAAGCAGCAGGGACCAGGACACGGCAGGGACAAGGACGCAGCAGGGACAAGGACACGGCAGGGACCAGGAAGCAGCAGGGACCAGGAAGCAGCAGGGACCAGGAAGCAGCAGGGACCAGGACACGGCAGGGACAAGGACGCAGCAGGGACCAGAACACGGCAGGGACCAGGAAGCAGCAGGGACCAGGACACGGCAGGGACAAGGACAGCAGGGACAAGGACGGCAGGGACCAGGACACGGCAGGGACAAGGACGCGGCAGGGACAAGGACACGGCAGGGACAAGGACACGGCAGGGACAAGGACACGGCAGGGACAAGGACGCAGCAGGGACAAGGACGCGGCAGGGACAAGGACACGGCAGGGACAAGGACGCAGCAGGGACAAGGACACGGCAGGGACAAGGACACGGCAGGGACCAGGACACGGCAGGGACCAGGACGCAGCAGGGACCAGGACACGGCAGGGACAAGGACACGGCAGGGACCAGGACGCAGCAGGGACCAGGACACGGCAGGGACAAGGACACGGCAGGGACCAGGACACGGCAGGGACCAGGACGCAGCAGGGACCAGGACGCAGCAGGGACCAGGGACAAGCUGCUAUGAACAAAACCGCAGCUGAUACAAUAUGA